AUGGCCUGCCAAAGCUGCCGCUACCAGGCAAGACUCCUGGCCCGGAGCCUGCGUGCCACCGCCGACCUCGCGUCCGCAUCGUCCCAGCCCAUCUCCAUCGCCGCGACGACGCGCCGGGCGGCGGCAGCGGCGUCGACAUCCAAGACAGGCUCCUCGACGACGGCGACUACCGUGGGGAGGAGGUACUUUAGCCAGACGGCAACACGACGGGACGCGGCGCCGUCCUCUGGCGGGCUCAAGCAGGCCAUUGCGUCGGGCAUGAUGGCCGCCGCGCCAAAGACCAUGGCCGCGACCUUGACCACCUCCCGCCUCGAGGCGCUGUACAAGAUCUGCUCGUCGCCGGCGCUGUACAAGAUCUCGGAGCAGGAGCGCGCCAAGGACAUGGUGCGCAUGACGGCAGAGGGCGAGGAGGUUGGAGACCCGAUCGGGCCGUGGUUGCAAUUCCUGGACCUCCAACCCGGCUUCAGCUCCUGGUCCCAGGCUACGAUGCUACACAUGUACCUCGUUCUCGCGCGCUUCCGCUGCCUCGACCGUGACAGCUCCCGCAACCUCCAGCACCAGUUCAUCGACCAGUUCUUCUUUGACUGCGAGCGCAUGAUGCACCUUAAUCACGGCAUGACCUCGUCCGCCCUCCGCCAGCGCUACCUGAAAGAAAUCUUUGUUCAGUGGCGCGGCCUCAUCGCUGCUUACGAUGAGGGCAUCGUCAAGGACGAUAAAGUCCUCGGCGCGGCGGUGUGGCGGAACCUGUUCAAGAGCCGCGAGGACGCCGACGUGAGGCAGGUCGCGGCCGUGGUGGGCUGGAUGCGCGCCACGCUGCAGGACCUCGAGGCCGCGCCCGUUGAAGAUAUCCUUGUCUCGCCGGCCAAGGUUUUCAAGAGGGAUGUGAGGGAGAUGUUUGCCCUUGUUGAUGCCGUGGGCCCGCAGGUCAAGGGCGACGUGGCUAAGCUUGACGAUGGUCGGGAGGAGACGGCGGCGAAGGCAUAA